AGCCGAGCCCCGACGCGCUCCGUCCGCCUGCCGGCUCCCGGGAGCCCCGACCGGCCGGAGCCUCGGAGGUGGCAGCGCGGGGGAGCCCCACGCGCGGGGAAGCGCGGCGGACGGGGAACGCGACUGCGGAGGCGCUGCCGCCCGGCAGCGGGGGACGGGAACCGGGACCGCGGCCUCCGGGACCCUGCUGCCCAGGCCGGCCGGGCGGGGAGCGGGAGUGCGAGGACCCCACCCUCGGGGCACCCGGCGCCGGGACCUGCCCCCCUCCCGUGGGAGGGAGGACCCUCCCUGCUCCCGGGACAGCCAGGGGAGAUCGCCGCGGGGUACGCGGCUGUCCCACCCACGCCGGCUCUGGAGGAGACCCCCAGAAGUCGGCAAGGGUGCCGGGACCCGGAGGACCCGCAGGGAGACCGCCCUCACGCUUCAGCGCACUCCAGACAGUUCGAGACUUUCGAACCGUGCCGGUGGAAGAGGCACCCCGCAUCCCACCCAGGACUCGCCGCGGAGAGGCGUCCUGACACGCACAAGCCAGGACCCUCCGGGGAGCCGUCGGGAAUCGGUGGAAGACCUCGCCCCUCAACUUGCGUGCACCUAGACAGUGGACCCGGGCAGAGCCCCUGCGCUCGCAUCUCCAGCGGACAGAAAGAGCCCUCGGCCCCUGAAGGAUCUACUUUGGGGGAGAAGGGGAUUCCCCCAAGGGGGAGGAGACAGCUCCUGGUUGGGAGAGGCUCCUCCCCUCCUCCCUAGGGUAGCAGGCAGGGUGUGGGGGGUGUGCCAGCUUCCCCAGGUAGGUCCUCCCUCUCCCCCUCCUCCUCCUUCGACUCCUCUUCCUCAGGGGACUCCGUUCCCCGCUCCAGCUUGGGAGGCUCCGCCAGGCACUGGAAGAGGCACUGAGGAUGCGACCUGUCACUCGCCUCUGAAGAGGGGAAUCCCUGCAACUUCAAACUUCUGUCGCAGGUGGUUUCCUCCGGUGACCGGGGGAACCUUGGAGACAGAACCCGGAAGUGCCAUGGCCUCCGACCUGGAGAGCAGCCUCACCUCCAUAGACUGGCUGCCACAGCUGACUCUCCGUGCUACCAUUGAGAAGCUGGGGAAUGCUUCGCAGGCUGGGCCUCCAGGGGGCAGUCGGAAGUGCUCUCCGGGCUCCCCCACAGAUCCUAAUGCCACCCUCAGCAAGGAUGAGGCGGCGGUCCACCAAGACGGCAAGCCACGGUACAGCUACGCCACCCUCAUCACCUAUGCCAUCAACUCUUCCCCAGCCAAGAAGAUGACUCUCAGUGAGAUCUACCGCUGGAUCUGCGAUAACUUCCCCUAUUACAAGAAUGCGGGCAUCGGCUGGAAGAAUUCCAUUCGACACAACCUUUCUCUUAACAAGUGUUUCCGGAAGGUGCCCAGACCUCGGGAUGACCCCGGGAAGGGCUCCUAUUGGACAAUUGAUACCUGCCCCGACAUUUCCCGGAAGAGAAGACACCCUCCUGAUGAUGACCUAUCCCAAGACUCCCCGGAACAGGAGGCCAGCAAAAGCCCCCGGGGAGGUGUUCCUGGGGGUGGAGAAGCCUCCCUGUCUCAUGAGGGGAACCCUCAGAUGCCACUGCAGAGCCCCUCCUCCAUGGCCAGCUACAGCCAGGGCCCGGGGCCCGUGGAUGGUGGAGCGGCAGCAGCAGGGGCGCCGGGCCGGGACAGUGCAGACGGCGGGCCUCCCCUCUACAACACCAACCAUGACUUCAAGUUCUCCUACUCAGAGAUCAACUUUCAGGACCUAAGCUGGUCCUUCCGCAACCUCUACAAGUCCAUGCUGGAGAGGUCCACCUCACAGCACGGCUUUUCCUCACUCCUGGGAGACAUGCCACCUUCUAACAACUACUACAUGUAUCAGCAGCCGCAGCCGCAGCAGCAGCAGCAGCAGCAACAGCAGCAGCCGCAACCACCGCCACCACAGUCUCAGCCACCACCCCAGCAGCCACAACCACAGCAGCAGCAGGCACCCACUCAGGGCCCCGCAAACGUAGGGGGCGCCCCUCCGCUGCACACCCCAAGCCCUGAUGGCUGUACUACACCAGGGGGAAAACAAGCCGGAGCCGAAGGCUACGGCCCCCCGCUGCAGCACGGGGGCUACCACCCUCAUCAGCACCAUACCUACUCCCACCCUGCCCAGCAGCCACCCCAGCAGCAGGCACAGGGCCAGGCACCCAUCAACAGCACUGGCUUUGCCUUUCCUUCAGACUGGUGCUCCAACAUUGACUCCUUAAAGGAGAGCUUCAAGAUGGUGAACCGGCUCAACUGGUCCAGCAUCGAGCAGUCCCAGUUCUCAGAGCUCAUGGAGAGUCUACGGCAGGCAGAGCAGAAGAACUGGACCCUCGACCAGCAUCACAUCGCCAACCUGUGUGACUCCCUCAACCACUUCCUCACCCAGACUGGUCACAUGCCCCCACAAGGGGCCUCCCACCGACCACCUGCCCCUUCCCGCAUCACUGACUCCUGCGCCCUCACCAGUGGCAAACCAGAGCCAUCCAUGAACCAAGUGAACUCUUAUGGACACCCACAAGCCUCCCAUCUCUACCCUGGCCCAGCACCGAUGUACCCAAUCCCCACCCAGGACUCAGCAGCGUACAAUCGCCCAGCACACCACAUGGUUCCUCGGCCCCCGGUGCCCCCUCCUGGUGCCAGUGAGGAGAUUCCUGAUGACUUCGACUGGGACUUGAUCACUUAGUGAGCAGAGUGGACGUCUGCCCAAGGCCUGUGGUGAAGAGCCGUCCCUGCCCAUCCUGUACAUAGAUAGAAGCUUCUCUCUGUUCUCUCUGUCAGAGAAGCCACCGCAAAGAUGCUGCCGAGGAUAAUCCUCCUUUCUUCCUCCUCCGCUGUUGCCCUCCUGGUUCAUUAUUACUCUAAUUAUAUUAUUAUUAUUGGUUAUAUACUGCCCAGGCUGCUGCCCUCUUGCCAUGGGCUAUGCCCUCCCUUUGCCCAUUUCAAGUCUUCAGGCUGUAAACCGAGGCCGUGACAGCUAUAGAGAAAGGUUUCACAUUCUCGUUCGCCCCUCUCUCUGAGAAACGGAGUGCUAAUCCCGCCUUUCAGCUCUAAAUGGUGUUCUGUCCCUGUCUGUUUCGGGCUGGCCUGGAGAGGCCUCAGCAAGUAGAGGCGGGGUGUGUGUGUGUGUGUGUGUGUGUGUGUGUGUGUGUGUGUGUGUCUAAGACACUGCUUGGCAGCCAGGACUUUGCAGUCUUAUACAACGGUGCUAACGGUGUCCUCUGAGCUCUUCCUUUACACACGCAAUCUUUACUUUUCCUGGCAUUUCUCGGUCCUCAUGAGGGGCUGAGGGGGCUGCUGUGGGGAGGGGAUGGGGAAAACUCAGCAUGAGGUUGGGCGUGCACUGCCAUCUCUGCCAGGUCGGAGCGUCGCUGGCUUCUCCCUCGCAGAUGCUCUCAGGAGGUUCGCUGGUUUGGUAGGGUGUGAGGACCACUGUCCAUCAUAGGUUCAGUGUCUUGGAAACAGUUUCAACUUAAAGCAUUUUGGCUUUGGGAAAGUAACUCUCUCUGAGAAUUAACUGUGGCUAUUGCUGCAUAUGUAAAUUAUCUUCCAUCAUCUUUUCUCCUUCAGCAAAUACUAUUUUGUCUUCCCGUAGCUGUUUGUCCAAAUCAUCCACCUGUCUCAUUUUCUUCUCCCUUUGUCUGGGAUUCUCAAAAGACAAAAGAAAGCCAUUCUCACUCCUAGUUUCCUCAUGGCCUAGAUAUGCUGUGGAAACCUCUUUCCUACCUGUCAUAGCAGAUUCAGUGCUGCUGACAGGAGGGUAGGGAGAGGAAAGGGAUAGACUUGGGUAGAGAAGGGGUCACAUGUUUCACCUCACAGGGAGAUGCUUCUCUUGAAAUCCCUAUCGGUGGGAUUGACGCUUCUGAUUUUGACAGGCAAUGAAAACUGGAAGGAAAGAAAUAAUAUAGAGACAGGGUUCAGUGAGGGCACAGGGCGGUCCUAGGUGGAGGGAUGAGCAAUCUCCAUUAAGUAGCCAUGAUUUACUGCUGUAGAGUUCUUAGUGAGUGUGUUUGUUGAAUUUGACGUAAGAGAGGGAAGACCAAUUUUACUUCCACUGUAUCUUCACUAAAUUUUCUGAAGUGGACAAAAUAUAUAGCUUAGACAAGGCCAAUCUCUUUGUGGUUUCCGAUUUUUGUGACACUCUUUUAUUUAUCCACGAUUUCUAAGAUAUUGGGCUUCCCAUUCUCGUUUCCCCUUCAUCAACCUCUUCCCUUUCUUUUGAAGGGGGUUCAUGUAUGAGAUUGUUGAAGUCCAAUGAAGCUAAGUAAAAGGGCAAGAUAGGGCAGGUCACUGAAGAGCACUUUAUUUCUUUGAAGCCUUGGUAAGGAAAAGAAAAGGGAGUAUAAAAAAAAAGUGUUCUCCACUACAGUGUGCGAUGGUACUGGAGAGUAUGUGUAGGGGCUGAGCAUGACGUAAUAUUUUCCACUGGGGAGUGUCUCCCUAGAGGGUAGCCCCGUGGCCAUGUAGACAUCUCUUCCUUAUUCCUUCCAUUCGGGUGUAUAUUCUACACCGCUUCCCUUUGGUUUUCUCAAGAUGCCGCCUUAGCAGAAUACCACUCCUCUUUUCUAAACAUCUUUUCUGGUCAGAUCUGCACGAGGGUGGGGCGGAGAGACUGAGUCAGACACCCCUGGCUCCUUCAUGUCUCGAGAACCAGUCUCCCUGGUGGGCAGCCAGAGCAGCUGACCUGUGGGCAGCCAGAGAGUGGCCUUAGGCCCCCUGAGGUUCCCGUUCUCCUCCACCAGGUGUUGGCUUGAGAAUGGCGCAGGACAAGCCCGACUCCCUUUGGGCCUCAGUUUCCCAUCCCCUCUGUGAAGUGGAAAGAAAACUACUUAAUUUUGUUGGUCCGGUGUUGCUGGACAUGAAGUAUAGUCAUUGUUGUUGUCUUGGGUGAUGUGUGCAAAAUUGUAGCGUCACUGCCUAUAAGAGGAAAUAAGGGAAAAGGCAGAGGAGAAGGACAAAAGGAGAAAUCAUUUGGUAUUGAUCCAUUUAUCCUAGGCUUCCUUUCCUCAUGUUUCUGGUUUGGUGAGUUCUUUGUACCACCCAUAAUGCUUUGCAUUGGUGCAGGCUGGGAAGGGGGUGUAUGGGCUCACAACUUAUUUUUUUGUUUUUUUGUUUGUUUGUUUUUUGUUUUUGCAUGCUUUCUUAAUAAAAAAAGAA